AUGGCCGACACGACGACGCCCUCGAUCUGCCCGCUCCUGAACGAGACCCGGCACCUCAUCGACUGCCUCGGGUACAUUGACUCGACGGCGAAUGACGACGCCGACAUGAAGAAGCUCGUGAGCCUGCAGAUCCAGCAGCAAAUGGCGGCGAUGCCACCGUUCGACCCGAGCGCGUACCUCGCGUACCUUCCGGCGCUCGAGCUUGAGACGAAGGAGAUGAAGCGCGUGGCUGCAGGCGUCGCUCUGGACGCGAUCAACACCAACAAGUACCGCGUCGUGCCGCCGUCGACGGGGCUCCUCAAGAAGUCGCAGGAUCUCCACGCCCAAGUCGAGGCGUGGCAGACCGCCAAUGCCAACGCCAAGGUCGCGAUCGAGUACGAGACGUCUCGGAUUCUCAACCUCGAGAUGCUCAACAAGUAUGGCGCGGACCGCUGGAAGCUCCACGUCGGCGUCCUCAGCGGCGUCCACGACAAGUGCGUCAUGGAGCUCGACGAAAGCAAGGCCGCGACCGAGGUCAUCAACGUCAAGCGCAAGCAGGAGCAGCUUCUCAACGCCGACAAGCUCUGGGGCCUCGAGCGCAAGCGCGACGACCUGCUUCGCAAGACGCAAUACAUCGAGGCGGCGUGCGAUGCCAUCGAGCGCGACGUCAAGCGGCUAAAGACUGUAGCAUAA